UGUCCCCCCUCUUCCUCCCUCCUUCACAGGAAGUCGUGCAAAACAUGAAAAGAUUGGUGCUUUUUAUAUAGAUUUGAAUUUUAUUAUUUUUUUUUGCAAAAACUAAUUUUGCAAUUGCAAAAAAUAAUAAUAAUAAUUUUUUUUUUGCAAUUUUGCAUUUGCAAAAAUUGCAACCUAAUGCAUAGGGGUGGGGGGAAUAUAGAGCUUGCAAAGUGUUUGGAUCUAGGAGAUAUAUAUAUAUAUAUAUAUAUUUGCAAGCAAAGCGGAUCCACGUGGUUUAAUCCGAGACAGACAGAGGUCCCAUUGUUCACAACCUAAAAAAAAGAAAGAAGAGAAAGAGGCAGACAGAAAAGGAGGAGGGAGGAAGAAAGGAGAAGAAAUAAAAAAGAAAGGGAAAAAUACAAAAAAAUAUUUUUUAAAAAAUAAGAAGAAAUGUGGACCCAAUCUUAAAACUAUAUACAUAGAUAUAUUUAUAUAAAAAAGAGGAAAAAAUUAAUAUUUUUCUUGGUUGCAAAGAAAGUGAGACAACAAGAGCAAUACAAAAGAAGAAGCUGCAGCAAUUUUAUUUUAUUUUUUUGCAAAGGUUGCAAGAUAUUUUGGAACAGAAGAAGAAGAAAAAGAAGAAGAGGAGCAAGCAAAAGCAAAAGAAGAGCGAGGGAGGUGAAGGAUGCCCCGGCGGAAGACGACGUCAGUGGAGGCGGCCUCCACGGCUUGGGACAGGGCCAGCUCGGGCAACGGGACGGGGGCCGCCCGCAAGCGCCCCGCUUCGGCCCGAGGGGGAGCUCCCCCGGCUCGGAAGAAGGCCGCCCGGGAUUUGGGGGGCGGCGGAAGCAGCAGCAGCAGCAACAACGGCGGGGAAGGAAGCAGCAGCGGAGACGAGCGGGACGGCUUGGCCGCGACACCCGUGGUGGCCGGAGGGGCCAAGAAGAGCGGCCGGGGAGCGGCCACGGGGCGAGGGGCCGGGGCAGACUCCCAGCAGAACCAGCAGCAGCCCCACCACCCGGCGGCCGUGGUGGUCAACGAGCCCGAACACAGCAAAGAGCGCAUUAAGCUGGAAGGCUCCAAAUUCAAGGGUCAGCUGUUGAUAUUCGGCGCGACCAACUGGGACUUGAUCGGACGCAAAGAAGUGCCUAAGCAGCAAGCCGCCUACCGCAACCUGGGCCAGAACCUAUGGGGACCCCACAGGUACGGUUGCCUUUCGGGGGUCCAGGUCCGGACGGUGGUUUCGGGCCCUUGUGCUGCUCACAGCCUCCUCAUCACCACCGAAGGCAAGCUCUGGAGCUGGGGGCGCAAUGACAAAGGCCAGCUCGGCCACGGAGACACCAAGCGAGUGGACGCCCCGAAGCCCGUCGACCUCCUGAGCAACGAAACCAUCGUUUUGGCCGCCUGCGGACGGAACCACACGCUGACCCUGACAGAGAACGGUUCUGUGUUCGCCUUCGGAGAAAACAAGAUGGGACAGCUGGGCCUCGGCAACCAGACCGACGCGGUCCCCAGCCCCACUCAGAUCAUGUACAACGGUCAGCCGAUUACCAAGGUGGCCUGCGGGGCCGAAUUCAGCAUGGUCAUGGAUUGCAAGGGAAACCUCUAUUCGUUCGGAUGUCCCGAGUAUGGCCAAUUAGGGCACAACUCUGACGGGAAGUUCAUUGCCCGGGCGCAGAGGAUCGAGUUCGACUGCGAGCUGGUCCCCCGCCGCGUCGCCAUCUUCAUCGAGAAGACGAAAGACGGACAGAUCCUGCCGGUCCCCAACGUCGUGGUGAGAGCUGUGGCCUGCGGGGCCAACCACACGCUCGUCUUGGACUCUCAGAAGCGCGUCUUCUCCUGGGGGUUCGGGGGAUACGGGCGGCUGGGACACGCCGAGCAAAGGGACGAGAUGGUGCCGCGACUCGUGAAGCUGUUCGACUUCCCCGGACGCGGAGCCGCACAGAUCUACGCCGGUUACACCUGCUCCUUUGCCAUCAGCGAGACCGGUGGGUUGUUCUUCUGGGGGGCGACAAACACUUCCCGGGAUUCGACGAUGUACCCCAAAACUGUUCAGGACCUCUGUGGGUGGAAGAUUCGCAGCCUGGCUUGCGGGAAGAGCAGCAUUAUUGUGGCCGCGGAUGAGAGCACCAUCAGCUGGGGUCCGUCGCCGACUUUCGGGGAGCUGGGUUACGGGGAUCACAAGCCCAAGUCCUCCACAUCGGCGCAAGAGGUGAAGACCUUGGAUGGGAUCUACGUAGAGCAGGUGGCCAUGGGCUACUCGCACUCCUUGGCCAUUGCCCGCGUCGAGAGCGAAGCCGAGAGCGAAAAGGCCAAGAAGCUGCCCGAGUACAACCCGCGCACGCUGCUCUGACCCGGACCCGCACACCCCGGCGAGGCGGCCGCCUCUUCCACCCGUUCGCCGGGACGCAGACAGAGAUUACGCCCGCCCGCGUUGCGCUAGAUGGCCCCAGGUUUCGGUUUCUUUCUUAGACGCGGCUCCCGAGUUUCCGCUCCUCUUCCUCCUUGUUUCCUUCGCGCACACUUUUUGUGCCUGUCUUCUGUAUUCCGCGCUUUGUUUCGCGGGGAUCGAUUCCUUCUUUCGGAAAGGACCUUUUCGCUCCGGAGCCGACACACCUUUUGUUUGUUUUCUGACAAUGUGUCCCAUAACCCUUGUUGAUUCACGUCGACAUUUUCCCCUUCCUUCCUUCCUGGAGCCCAGGUGCAUAUUCCGCCUUGUUAGAAAAGGAUGCUGUUCUUCACCCCAAAGCUUUGGGUAUGGGUAUCUCCUCCCUUCAUCCAUAUCUACCAUAUUUUCCAGCAUAUAAGACAACCCCCAACUUUCCAAGUCAAGAUAUAAAGUUUUAGUAUAUACUCGCCGUAUAAGACUACCCCUUAAUUAGGGGAGACACCCACACAGUCUGUUCCUCGCUGGUUCUUCCAGCGCGAUCCCCACCAUGGCCAGGCUGAAGUGGUGAAAGCCGGGCGAGAGAGGUAGCACCGUGUGGCCUGGCCUCACGGCAAACCUCUGACCCGGUUCCCACUGCACUCCAAGCCCAGCAAGCGAAGACAGCCGAGAGAGGGAGGCAGCACCACGUCGCCUGACCUCAUGGCAAACUUCUCACCCGGUUCCCUCCGAGCCCGGCAAAUGGUAAAGCCAGGCAAGGGAGGCAGCACCAUGUGGUCCGGCCUCUCGCCCAGCUCCCACCGCCCUCCGAGCCCAGCAAGUGUCAAAAGCCAGGCGAGGGAGGCAGCACAACAUGGCCCGGCCUCUUCCCCAGCUCCCACCACCCUCCGAGCCCAGCAAGUGGAGACAGCCGGGAGAGGGAGGCAGCACCACGUGGCCUGACCUCACAGCAAACUUCUCACCCGGUUCCCGCAGCCCACCGAGCCCAGCAAGCAGCGAAAGCUGGUUGAGGGAGGCAGCACCACGUGGUCCGCCUUAUGGCAAACCUCUCGCCCAGCUCCCACCACUCUCUGAGCCCGGUAAGAAACAAAGGCCGGGUGAGGAAGGCAGUACCGCGUGGCCCGGUCUCUCGCGCAGCUCCCACCGCCCUCCAAGCCCAGCAAGUGGCGAAAACCGGGCGAGGGAGGCAGUACCGCGUGGCCUGGCCUCUCGCCGAGCUCCCACCACUCUCUGAGCCCAGUAAGAAACAAAGGCCGGGUGAGGAAGGCAGUACCGCGUGGCCCGGUCUCUCGCCCAGCUCCCACCACUCUCUGAGCCCGGUAAGAAACAAAGGCCGGGUGAGGAAGGCAGUACCGCGUGGCCCGGUCUCUCGCCCAGCUCCCACCGCCCUCCAAGCCCAGCAAGUGGCGAAAACCGGGCGAGGGAGGCAGUACCGCGUGGCCUGGCCUCUCGCCCAGCUCCCACCACUCUCUGAGCCCAGUAAGAAACAAAGGCCGGGUGAGGAAGGCAGUACCGCGUGGCCCGGUCUCUCGCCCAGCUCCCACCACUCUCUGAGCCCGGUAAGAAACAAAGGCCGGGUGAGGAAGGCAGUACCGCGUGGCCCGGUCUCUCGCCCAGCUCCCACCGCCCUCCAAGCCCAGCAAGUGGCGAAAACCAGGCGAGGGAGGCAAUACCACGUGGUCCGUCUCAUGGCAAGCCUCUCGCCCAGCUCCCACUGCCCUCCGAGCCCGGUAAGCGGCAAAAGCCAAGCAAGGGAGGCAGUACCACGUGGCCCGGACUCUCACCCGGCUCCCACUGCCCUCCGAGCAUGGCGAGCAGCGAAAGCCAGGCGAGAGAGGCAGCACCACGUGGCCCGGACUCUCACCCGGCUCCCACCACCCUCCGAGCCCACCAAGCAGAGACAGCCGGGCGAGGGAGGCAGCACCACAUGGCCUGACCUCACGGCAAACCUCUCACCCAGUUCCCGUUGCCCCCCGAGCCUGGCAAGUGGCGAAAACCGGGCGAGGGAGGCAGCACCGUGUGGCCCAGCCUCUCGCCCAGCUCCCGCCACUCUCCAAGCACGACAAGUGGCGAAACCCGGGCGAGGGAAGCAGCACUGCUCAUCCUGGCUUUGUGGCAAGCCUCUCUUUUGGCUCCUGCUGCCUGACAAGCCUGAUAAGCCUGAGGACCAGGCCGCCGGCAAGGAAAGGCUGGUGAGCGCCUGCUGCUCUCCUUGUCUACCUGGUGUAUAAGACGGGUUCAGAUGGGUUUAAAACUAGUCUUAUACGCCAGUAUAUACAGAAUAGCCCAAAUCCAUCAGGAACGUGGUCUAUUGGGAAUUGCGGUUUAUAAUUUGGUUUGCUUUCCUGCCGGAAAUGUCCUCCCGGAGUGUAUAAUUCGAUAAGGAAGCUGUUGCUCGUUCCAGAGCCGAGUCUUACAUUACAUCCCAGGAUUACCGUCUGCUGGGAAUAACGGCCGAUAAUAACGCCGUGUUUUUAGCAUUCGGUUUUGCUCCCCAAACAGUUUUCUCGCUGCUUCGUUUCCUUCCUCCUCGCCAUUUCCCGAAUCGGACCUUCGGGCUGUACCAUUUCCACGACUCCCGGUAAUCGGUGAGCACUCCGACGGCCUUCUGCCAAAUUAUCCCUGUGUUUUUAAUUCCGCAUCCUGGGAACGGUGGGCCUCGGCUUCCUUUUUUUUGGUACUUUCCCCGACGGUAUCUCUUGCCUCCUUGCUGCUUCGUUCUCCCCUUGUUCCGUCUCGCGUCGGAGAAAUUUGGUGCCUUGUGAACAUAAACAAACCCCGUUUUUUGCAAAAGAACGAAGCAUAAUCUUUCCCCUUUUGUCUUGUUUUUCCCCCUUAGGGUUGCAUUUAGUUUUGUUGCGUUUUACUCUCUUUUAUACGGGGAUAGAAAAGGGCCUGAAAGGCUGUGUAUGUAUAUUGCUUUAUCGUUUGCUCUCCUGGGUUUUUGUUUUCGUCUUUAUAUCCCGCCGUUUUCGCCCCACUUCCCAACAAACUUUUUUUUUUUUUGCCAAUUCCUUAACGAAGGGAGGAAACAAAAAAUAAUUUAUUUUGCCGGGAAGGUUCAUAGUUUCACCAAAGAAAGUGUCUGCUUUUUUUUUCCGGAGCCGAGAAACUUCCUUUGGACACAUUUUUUAUUUUUGGGCCGACGUUCCAGAUCUCCGUCUGUGAAAGACGGGGGAAAAUGAAUAAUUUUGGAUUUCAGCCGGAUCGGGGGCGAAUUCCUCCUAGCCUAGUCCUAGCACUCCUCCUCCUCCUCCUGUCUCCCCUCCUGUUUCCUUUUUUUAUAUUUCUCUAAAUAAAUAAAAAGGUUUGGAACAAA